AUGGGACCCAGGGUGGCGGUGGCGGCGGCGGCCUCCCGCCAAAUCGCGCGGGGAUCCACAGACGGCCGAAUCGCCGUCUCCCCGGCUGAGAGUGACGCUCCACAGUUUCAGUUGUGCUGUGCUCUGGGUUGCUGUGAAGCAUCCUUACUGAAAUGCCACUGGGACACUAGCGGUAAUAACGGCAUAUUUGACCUUGUAUCUGCAGGGGAGAUGGAGGAGGACAUGGAAAACCCCGAAAUCAUCGACCUCCCAGAGAAACAGAAACACCAGCUGAGACACAGAGAGCUCUUCCUGUCCCGCCAGCUCGAAUCUUUACCCGCCACACACAUCAGGGGUAAGUGCUGCGUCACCCUGCUGAACGAGACAGAGGCCCUCAAGUCCUACCUGGACCGGGAGGACACAUUCUUCUACUCCCUGGUAUACGACCCCCAGCAGAAGACCCUCCUGGCAGACAAGGGCGAGAUCCGCGUGGGGAACAAGUACCAAGCGGACAUCACCGACCUCCUCAAAGAGGGUGAGGAGGACGACAGGGACCAGGCCAAACUGGAGGACAGGGUGUGGGACCCCAGCAGCCAGUUAACGGAGAAGCAGAUUGACCAGUUCCUGGUGGUGGCUCGGUCAGUGGGUACCUUUGCCCGGGCGUUGGACUGCAGCAGCUCGGUCCGGCAGCCCAGUCUACACAUGAGCGCCGCUGCGGCCUCUCGCGACAUUACGCUGUUUCACGCCAUGGACACCCUGCACAAGACCGGGUACGACAUGUCCCGGGCCAUCGCGGCGCUGGUGCCCCAGGGGGGGCCCGUCCUCUGCCGGGACGAGAUGGAGGAGUGGAGCGCCUCGGAGGCCAACCUGUUCGAGGAGGCGCUGGAGAAGUACGGGAAGGACUUCACCGACAUCCAGCAGGACUUCCUCCCGUGGAAGUCGCUCACGAGUAUUAUCGAGUACUACUACAUGUGGAAGACCACCGACAGAUACGUGCAGCAGAAACGGUUAAAAGCAGCUGAAGCCGAGAGCAAGCUCAAGCAAGUCUACAUCCCCAACUACAACAAGCCCAACCCAAACCAGCUGAACGUGAACAAUGUGAAGCCUGGUCUGGUGAACGGAGCCGGGGCGGUCCCGGGGCCCCCGGGGCCCCCAGGGCCCCCAGGGCCCCCGGGCCAGACGGCCGGGCUGGGCCGAGCAUGCGAAAGCUGCUACACUACGAGCUCGUACCAGUGGUACUCCUGGGGCCCGCCCAACAUGCAGUGUCGCUUGUGCGCCUCCUGCUGGACGUACUGGAAGAAAUACGGCGGCCUGAAGAUGCCCACGCGCCUGGACGGGGAGCGGCCAGGACCCAACCGCAGCAGCAUAAGCCCCCACGGCCUGCCCCUCAGGCACAGCGGGAGCCCCAAGUUUGCGGUGAAGACCCGGCAGGCCUUCUACCUGCAGACCAGCCAGCUGACCCGGGCCGCCCGGCGGGUCUGCCAGGACCUGCUGCGGCCCCGCUACCUCGCCCGCCACCCCUACCUGCCCGUCAACACCACCGCCAUCAAGGCCGAGUGUGCUGUCAGGUUGCCAGAGAUGCCCAAAAACCCCGUUCCGUCCAAACAGAGCGUCCGGAAGCCUCUGGAAAGCGUGGUCAGAUACCUAGAGGCGCACCCGUGCCCGCUGAAGGCUGACCCGCCGCGGGGCCCCACCAUCUCCACGGGCAGCCUGACGCCCAUCAAGUCGUCGCCCAUCCUCAACAACGGCUCGCCCACCAUUCUGGGCAAGAGGACGUACGAGCAGCACAACGGUCUCGACGGGGCCAAGCCCAAAGCUCUGACCCCCCAGUGGGAGAUAGUGUCCAAACGGACCUCCGUGGCUCCUCAAGAGGAGGUGCACGAACUGGACUGACCCCAGCGGCGACCCCCCCUUUUCCCGGGCCGACCCGCGGACGAGGGAAAUCUGAAGGUGUUUUGCGGCGAUACGGAUCUGGAUGGUGGAGAAGGGGGCGGCACCAACCAAUCUCCGGUCGUCCUGGCUCAUUGACUUCACCAAUCAGCAGCAUUGUCAUUGAGGACUGAAUCCAGUUGUGGCCAAUCAUAAGACUGACCUGACUGCAGAGGACUGUGUUUAUUAACACCAUUAUUGUUAUUAUUGUCAAUGUAAUUAUUAUUAUUCUUUUUUUUUACCAACUGUAACCCAUGCUGAUCAGUUAAUUGUGGAUCAACGAAGAAACUUUUUUUGAGUUUCAUGAAAUGAGUACUGCUUGUGAGCCCUAAACCUAGGGUGGAAGGACUGUAAUAUAUAAAAAAAGCCACACGCCUCCUUUAUAACAUGUCAAAAAAAAAAAAAGAGAGAGAAGGUGAUGAAACGAACCUUCUCUCUCUCUGGGUGGAUUACACGGAUAACUCCCCAGCUUCUGUUCUGUAUUUGUUUGAAGGCUUCUCUUGUUCUCUUGCGUUUUUGUGAGCUGGCCGCCGCCCUUGGCCUCAGAGGUAUAACUUAUUGAGAAAGAAUUCAAAAUGUGCUUUUUUUCUACCUUUUUCACAACUGAUGCACCUGCGCUUCAAUGAUGUAAUUAAGAAAUAAAACGAUUCUUUCUCUUUUGUGAA